GUAACCAUAAAUUUGGACAUAUAGGCGCUUACAUUGAUAGCAAAAUAUGACUGGCUCUUCAUCUCAAUUCCAACAGCUUGAAAAGCUAGGUGAAGGUACCUAUGCUACGGUAUACAAAGGACGCAACCGUACUACUGGGACACUUGUAGCUCUUAAGGAGAUCAACUUGGAUUCAGAAGAAGGAACUCCAUCUACAGCCAUCAGAGAAAUCUCAUUGAUGAAGGAGUUGGAUAACGAGAAUAUUGUCACUUUGUAUGAUGUGAUCCAUACUGAGAACAAGCUUACACUUGUUUUUGAAUUUAUGGACAAGGAUUUGAAAAAAUAUAUGGAGUCCCAUGGUAACCAAGGAGCAUUGGAUCUCAAGAUUGUCAAAUCAUUUAUGUUCCAACUCUUGAAGGGGAUCAUGUUUUGUCAUGAUAACCGUGUUUUGCACCGUGACUUGAAGCCACAGAACUUGCUUAUCAACAACAAGGGAGCUCUUAAGUUGGGUGAUUUUGGUCUUGCUCGUGCCUUUGGAAUUCCUUUCAAUACAUUUUCCAACGAAGUUGUCACAUUGUGGUACCGUGCUCCAGAUGUUUUGUUGGGAUCUAAGUCCUAUACUACAUCCAUUGACAUUUGGUCCGCUGGGUGUAUAUUUGCAGAAAUGUGUACCGGGAAACCUCUUUUCCCAGGAACUGCCAAUGACGACCAAUUGAUCAAAAUUUUCCGUCUUAUGGGUACUCCAAAUGAACGCACCUGGCCUGGUGUUCUGCAAUAUCCAAACUUCAAAAAUAACUGGCAAAUCUUCAUCCCACAGGAUUUACGGAACUUGAUCACUAACUUGGAUUCAAUGGGGUUGAACUUGUUAUCUAGUUUGUUACAAAUGUGCCCUGAUGCAAGAAUCACCGCUAGACAGGCAUUGCAACAUCCAUGGUUUCACGAGAUUGCCAACCCAACUCCAUUGUUACAGCACAUAUCAGACCCAUACCAACAACAACAACAAUUACAUUCACAAGCCCCUUCCAUGCAUUCGCAAAUUCCACAACAUUCUCAACAGCAACAGCAACAGCAACAGCAACAACAACAGCACGCACAAUAUCAACAGUACCAGCAACAACAACAACAGCAACAGCAACAACAACAACAACAACAACAACAACAACAACAACAAUAUCAACAUCAACAGCAAUAUCAAUAA